GAUGGGCUUAUGUACGGCCACAUACAUAGGAAUUUCGAGACGCGACGAACACCUUCGGAAGGACAUGAUGCUUGCAGACUUUGCGAAGGUACUCGAAUCCUCGACGCUGAUCAAACAGGGAGCCGAAGCCAAGGUGUACACGGUCGAGCUCGUCAAGGCAGCGGAAGGCCGACCAGGGAUCACAGUCCUACUGAAGUAUCGAUUCCCGAAGACCUAUCGACAUCCGAGCUUGGAUAGCCAACUGACCAAGAACAGAUUGACCUUCGAAGCACGAUCGUUGACGCGUGCACUCAAGACCGGAGUACGGGUGCCGGUUCUGAAAGGCUUGGAUCUCGAACAGGGUUGGUUGAUGUUGGAAUGGAUCGAAGGAAUCAGUCUCCGUGAAUGGCUCCAAGAACACCAACAGCACGAGCAAUCCCAGGAAGAACUCCUCAAUCUGUUAUCCGACGUGGGCACCCAGAUCGCCAAGCUACAUUCAGCCGACAUCAUCCACGGCGACCUGACCACCUCGAACAUGAUGUUGAGAGCCUCCAAGUCUCAGGGCCCCUCUAGGAGCAACCAAGAGGUAGUGAUGAUCGAUUUUGGUCUCUCAUCGGUGACCUCAUUAGUCGAAGAUAAGGCCGUCGACCUCUACGUCCUCGAGCGCGCUUUCCUCUCCACUCACUCUGACCCUAACAAUCGAUCCCUCAAGCAUUCCUCCCCACUCUUCGAAAUCGUCCUCCAAGCUUAUGCAAACUAUCUGUCUCAAGAAUCUUGGAUGGCCAUCAAGACCAGACUGGCUAACGUCCGCAUGCGUGGUCGCAAACGGAGUAUGGUCGGAUAAUCAUUCUUGACAAGCAAUCAGAAAAAAAAACACCGCUCAUGAACCUGUUUCCGGAUCGAAAAGAAAAAAUCUACACGAUCCAGUUUUAACCCAGUUCAUUGAAGACUAGUUAAUAUCAUGAAUAAAUCCAAUUCACCUACUUAAUCGUUAUUCAUCGCACUCCAGUACAACCUUUCCCGAAAUAGAAGGUUUGGGAAAUCUUCAUUGAAUCUGAUCAUGACCAAUUCAUCACCAGGAAGUUGCAAUCUCUCUAAUGUCGUUGAGAAAAAGCAAUAGAAGAUAUGCUUGUAUGUUAGUUAUCUACCCACAACUUUAUAUAGGCUGAAUUAUGUGAACAUGAUAGCUGCCACAUGUAUAGUGUCAUUGCUGGUGACUCGACAUGUUGGAGCUGGUCCUCUUACCUCGGUUUAAAGGCUGCGCA